AGGGUCAUACAGGUUCUGUCAUUCUGUACACAAGCAUUGGACCUUAACCUGAGAGAAGGUAAUGUUUAUAAAGUUUUAUUGUAUAUAUCCGGUUGACCGAAACGUAAUUUCCGUUCUCCUACAACCUUUGAGCUGUGUACGUCAGUAAACAUUCACCGGAGCAAGACAAACAACAACAGCUCUGUGGGCGUAGAUCUAGUUGAUAUAGAAUCCAUAUCCAAUCUCUCCUCAUUCUUUUCUACCCUCACUCCCAGGCUGUUUCAGCUAUCGGACCUUCGCUCCACCCCCUCCCCAAACGAAUAUCGCUCCAUCAGAAGUCCCGCCCCCUCUCCUAAUACACACAGAUGCAAAGCAUCUCAUUGCAGGCAUUCUGUCUAGCACAGUUCCUCUCUGAUAGGGGUUGAAAUCCGUUCAUCCUCGACAACAUGGACCCGUGUUGCGCGGGGGGACCCCCCCUGGCAUAGAGGGUCUCUUGUGGUCACUGAGCUGGGCUGUGUGUGUGUUCACCCACUGUGCCUCUCGACCGGCCCAUAUGGUGGUUGGCACGCAUCCCUGCUCUGCUCGAUGUGCGAGGAGAGCCCAGAGCAGGGAGCCAAGUGGCGCAGCAUACUCUCUGGCUUUUGUUGUCAUGUGUUCGUCAUACAGAUGGUCGGGGCGAAGGGGAGCGUGGCGCCUCAGGGGAGCGAGAGGGUCAACGCACUGCUGGUGACGUUUAUUCUCUCGGAUUCAACACAGGGAGCUACAGUAUAUGAGUUGAACUGUUCACAUCACUCUGUGCUCUGACAGCAGGUUGAGCGUGGCGAGUUGUAAGAGUAUGUUGGCCCGUCAGUAGCAGGGCAGCAGUCGUUGACAGUGGUUGGUUACAAGUACUAAUACAAUCGGGCUUUCUGAUAGUUAGAGUGUUGUGUUUGUGUUUGUGUUUGUGUAGCCCCGUUAUAGAGCCAUCGUUUAUUUUCCGUUGUGUACGGGUGCCCAUGUGGAUGCCUGGCCGCCUACGCAGGACAGAACUGGGGACAGAGACAGAUUGUUUGCCUUGGUGGCAACCUCUCCUGGGAUGUUGUCAGGAAAAGAUAACCUUAUUCUUUCCUCGUGGGUCACUGACGGCUGAAUGCCAAAGACAUUUUCCACUGGUGAGAAAAAAUGGAGAUAAGGGAGGAAGGGAGAAAUAGCAAGACAAUAUGCUAAUUGUUUUGAAUAGAGUAUCACAAGAGGGGGGGUUUCUAAUGAUGAACAAAAGAUUCAUGAACUUUGUUGGAUCAAACUGAGAAUGGCAUUAAGAUUUCUUUAAACCGGGUCAAUUGUUUUUAUGUUUAAUUAAUAAGCGAGAAGGCAGACAAAUAUGUCUUUCAUCUGAUUCCAGGUUCUCACGAGCCAACAAUAAGGCCCACACUUUGAUGUCAGAGAGAGCUGACAGGAAUUUCAAAGUGUGUCAUGUCACCGCAGCUAACCUUCAAGAAUUUCUUCCUCUUUCUGAAUCAACAAUGACGAUACUAGAGUGGCCUAAUUCUUCUGGGAGAAGUUCUUGGUAUCCAUUGCUCUGAAUGCUUGUGAUUCGCUUUGCUGUUCUGAAUAUCACCCCUUUGUUGUGGAAUGGCUGGUUGAUUGAGACCAGGGGGAGCUAGGACGUGUCAACUGAGAAUGAGUGAUGGUGUAGGUGGUUCCUGCAGCAUCUCAUUCAUUAUUCAUCAUGAGACGGGUGGGCAGAGUGCUGGUAAAAGUCAGACAAGAACCUCCUUUCUUGAAGCCCGGCCACUCUCCUGGGCUUCCAGCCGCCCCCGCCAUAAUGAACGACAGAGAAAUGAAACGCUACACCAACUUCAGGAUAGUUCCCCGCGGACAUUUGUGGAAGUGGUCAAUGGACUAGAGGAGACAAUACAGAGAUGGGGAGGAGGGGUUCCUGACUCUAGAGGCAGGUGCAUGUGAGUAGUGACCCCACUGGUGGAUUCCAUGCACUGUGACGAUGGGGACACUGGUUCCAGCAGCCCUACUGCUAUUAUCAUGGCACUGCAUACGUGCCUUGGACAUCCCACUGGAGAUCAGACAACCUCCGACCAUAGUGACGCAGUCGCCAAAGGACCACAUUGUUGACCCGAAGGACACCAUGGUCAUCGAGUGUGAAGCUAAAGGCAACCCUCAGCCCAUCUUCUCGUGGAGGCGUAACGGGAAGUAUUACAACGUGGCGCGUGACCCCCAGGCCUCCAUGCGCAGGCGCUCCGGGACGCUGGACAUCUACGCCUGGAAGGACCCGCAGGAGUAUGAGGCGGAGUACCAGUGCAUCGCCUCCAACGAACACGGCUCUGCGUACUCCAACAAGAUACUGCUGCGACUUUCAAGACCUCCACUGUGGCCAAAUGAGAUCUUGGAGCCGGUGGUGGUCAGUGUGGGCUUCCCCCUGGUGCUCUCUUGCGACCCCCCGCGCGGGCCGCCCAGACCCGAGACCUACUGGAUGUCCAGCUGCUCGUUCGCUCGGCCGUUCUCCUGGCCCAUCCAGACGGCCUUCCCCACCAUGCAGGCCGUGCGGCAGGACCGCCGGGUCUCCACCGGCAUCAACGGGGAUCUCUACUUCUCCAAUGUGCUCUUUAACGACUCCCACACCGACUACUGCUGCAAUGCCCGGCUCCCUCACAAAAACAGCAUCCAGCAGAAGAGGCCUGUGGUGGUCAAGGUGAUCACAACUCGUACUGUAUCCGAGGCCGCCCCCACCUGGCUGUCCCCCAUCAGGUCCUCCAGCUCAGUCCUGGUCCUGCAGGGGGAGGAGCUGCUCCUGGAGUGUAUCGCCGCAGGAGUGCCGACUCCUCACAUAACCUGGACCAAAGACGGGGAGAAACUAGUGGUGAAGCCAGGAAUGAGGAUAAAGAACUUCAACAAGAUGAUACAUAUCCCCAAGGCCUCCUUUGAUGACAUCGGUGAAUACGUCUGUUCAGCUGCCAACAAAAUUGGCUACACUGAGCGAACGAUAAUUGUCCAAGUCAAAGCGGCCCCAUUCUGGUUGGAGAAGCCGGUGGACUUGGUUUUGGCCCCUGAGGAGAAUGGAGCCCUAGUAUGCCGGUCUGACGGGAUUCCCCGGCCUACUAUUCGGUGGUUCAUCAACGGCGAGUCAUUAGACACUGCCCUCCCCCAUCCCAGCAGGCACAUGUCCGGGGACACACUGAGCUUUCGUGGCGUGACGAUGGAAAACACGGGUGUCUAUCAAUGUAACGCCUCCAAUCAGUUUGGUUACCUACUUGCCAACGCCUAUGUCAACGUGCUACACGCAACCCCCCGGAUCAUCCCACCCCAGGAAGAGCAUCUCAAGGUGGUGGAGGGAAGCGAUACCUUCCUGGAAUGCCGAUAUUUUGGUUCGCCAGUGCCUGACUUGCGAUGGAGUAAGUAUGGGCAGGGGAACCUGGAAGGCCACCGCUUCAGGACCCACAGUAAUGGCACCCUGGAGAUCAAGCAGAUCCGCUUGGAGGACACGGGGACGUACAUGUGCAUCGUGACCAACAUCGCGGGCAGGGACGAGAGCCAGAUCAGAGUAGAAGUGAAAGAGCCAACGCUGUUUGUGAGCAGACCUCAGAACCUGAAGGUCCUCCGUGGCAGCGACGUGACCUUUGAGUGCGGUGUGAAAGCAGACGCCUCCACCCCUGUCACCACCACCUGGCUGAAGAACAAGCGGCCGCUCUCGCUGAACUGGAGGAUCUCCCUAGACGAAUCCAACCUGGUCAUCACCACCGUGAACAGUGCGGAUGACGGCGAAUACACCUGCAGCAUCAAGACGGAGAUGGACGAGAAGUCGGCCUCCGCUCGCCUCAUGGUGAUGGACCGCCCCAACCCCCCGACCAACCUGCAGCUGUCAGACCCCCACGAGCGCAGCGUCCGUCUCAGCUGGGUGCCCGGGGACCACAACCACAGCCCCAUCACAGAGUACCAGGUGCAGUACGACGAGGACGACUGGCUGCCCGGCAAGUGGAGGAACCUGUCCACCUACCCCGGGAACCUCAACUCGGUCAUCCUGCAGCUGACGCCCUACACCUACUACGAGUUCCGGGUCGUCGCCGUCAACGCCAUCGGACCCAGCCGGCCCAGCAGGGUGUCUUCACGCCUGCAGACGGGCGGGGCACCCCCGGACGUCAUUCCCAGGAACAUCCGGGGAGUGGGAACAUGGAGGAACAACAUGGAGAUCAGCUGGGAGCCGCUGACGUACCGGGAGUGGAACGGGCCCUACCUGAAGUACCUGGUGUGGUGGAAGAGGAAGGACUCCAGAGAGGAGUGGAAGAACGCCACCACCAAGUGGCUGAGAUACUACAUCUACGACGCCGACACCUUCACCCCGUAUGAGAUCAAGGUCCAGGCGUUCAACAGCUUCGGUCUGGGACCCGAGUCCAAGGUCAUCAUCGGAUACUCUGGAGAGGACCGGCCUAGCACUGCUCCCCUGAACCUGCGGGUGUCGGACAUCGAGAGCACCCAGGUGACGGUGCACUGGGACCCUGUGGCUCGCAACAGCCUCAUGGGGGAGCUCAAGGAGUACAAGCUGUAUUACUGGAGGGACAGCAGCCAGCUCAGGUGGCUGAGCGUCAGCCGGGCCAUGAAGUCCAAAGGCUUCCCGGCCGUGGACACAGAGUACACGGGUGUCCUGGAUGAGCUGCUCCCCUACAGCAACUACAAGAUGCACAUCGUGGUAGCCAACAACCGGUACGACGGGCCGCCCAGCCAUACCAUACAGUUCUCCACCCCCGAAGGAGUCCCAUCUGUUCCCAAGUCCUUCCGGAUCCAACAGAGACAUCUGGACACCAUUUAUGUGGACUGGGCCUUGCCGGCUGAGCCCAACGGCAUCAUCACCGGCUACACGCUCAAGUACCAGACAGUGAACGCCACCAGAGGAGAGGAGAUGCACGUGGAGGAGUUCUACUCAAACGUCACCAGUUUCUCCGUGCGCCGCUACGACCGCUACACCCGCUACAGAUUCUCCCUGGCGGCCAAGACUCAGGUGGGCCUGGGGGGGUGGCACACGGAGGAGUCGGCCCACUACACCACUGAAGCCUAUGCCACUGACCAGGUGGACCUCUCCACCAAGGGCUGGCUGAUCGGCAUCAUGUGUGCCGUGGCCAUCAUCGUGCUCUUCCUCCUCAUCGUCUGCUUCAUCAAGAGGAGCCAGGGAGGGAAGUACCCAGUGCGGGAGAAGAAAGAGAUUUCGUCAGAGCCUGUGGAUGACAAGGACCAGGAGGGAACAUUCGACUAUCGGAUCGCACGUGUGGUCACUCUUCCCUUCCCCCGACGGGAGGAGGAGCGGGGCCUGCAGCGGGGCCAGGCCUCGGUGGAGCCCAUCAUGAAGCGGACGGAGAGCGACGACAGCCUGGUGGACUAUGGCGACGUGGAGAUCCAGUUCAACGAGGACGGCUCCUUCAUCGGCGAGUACACGGGCACCAGCAGGAAGGACGCCGCGCGGGACGCCCACGACGUCCGGGACGAGAUGGACUACGGCGGGAACAUGGACCUGCACUCCACCAUGAACGCAAUCUACUCCAUGGCCUGACCCGUCUCUGGGCUCUGGUAAAGACCCGGGGGUGGGGGGGGGCAAGACCCUCAUGGCGUCCAACGGUAUCCAGGAGGAGACUGGGAGCACCACCCACCCACUCGGGUGACGGUGACAAACAUCAGGACGAUAAGAAACGUAUGCAGCACAAAGUGCCUUUAAUCUCUAUCAACGUGCACUUUGACUUUUUACUCUGACGGACAAGAUUCAGCCAGAACAGGUUGUGAGCGGUCAGAGGUCACCAAAAAGAUGAAAAAAUAUGGAUUUGAAAGGGCAUUGUCUUCUGCAAAGUGUCACGCAGUAUGUGUGUGUGUGUGUAUGGGUGUUUGUGUGUUCAUUUGUGCAUGUGUGCUUUUGAGGUGUGUUUUUACUGUUUCAUGUGCAAAUGGCAUCUCUUGCAGAUCAUCCCCCCUUGUAAUGUAUUCCUUGCUGUCCGAGCAGUCUGUCUGGAUAGCAAAACACUAACCUUCACGCUCCUCUGCCUCCGUAACCCCCGUCGAGAACAAACCAAUAUUUGGCUGGAUGUUUUCAUGCAGUGUUGUUUGACUUCUAGAGCUGAGUGACUAUUUGUGUCUUUUCUUUGCGAUUUUGGUAAAAACUUUGUUUUUAAGAUAAGUUUAAAUGGAUAAAGCUGGAAAAUGUCAUUGUCUGGAACAAACAAGGGUUAAACCAUUAAAAAAUAGUUUUGUGAAUAGGUCCCAUCUUUAAUCCAUCUAUUAACUCCUGCUAUAUUAAACCCUUUAAGAUGAGUCACUUCAUGUCACGCAAUUGGAAAAGGUCAAUGUCUGGAACAAAGAAGAGUUAUGCCAAUGAAAAAUAGUUUUGUGAAUAGGUCCCAUCUAUAAACACAUCAUUAACUCCUGCUAUAUUUAACUCUGUAAGUGGUGUGACCUCAUGACCCGCCAUCAUGGCCAGGAGGCUUAUGGAGUGACUUUCUGUUUGAACUUCAACAUUUGAUAUUCCAAUGAUGUUUACAAUGACGUUUCGAAAGACAGUAUGACCUUGGAAACUUGUGCUGCCAGUUUAUAAUUUUAUGGCACGCCUUUUCAAUUUUUAUUGCAUUGUAGCUUCAUUUCAUUGGAGCACAAGAGGUGAAAGCAGAGCUUCAUUGUAGUCAAACUCUCCAUAAAACUAUCGUAAACAGGCAGACAGACUUUGUGCACAAUUGUCUUAGUGGGUUUUAUUGGUAUUCAAUUUAAGAUCUAUAUGGAAGUAAACUGUAUUUAUUUUGCAUGCUAUAUUAUUUGCUUUAAUUUACUUGUAACAUGAUCAUUGUUUAUCAACAACAGUAAUUCAAAUGCAAGUAAAUCAAUAAACACUC